UUACAGUUCUGAUUCUAACUUACAUAUAGCCAUAAACUCACAUGCAAUAUCGACUUGUAUAUUGAUUAAUAUUUAUUUUUCUAGAGAUGCGUGUGUUUGUUUUUCUUCUUCCAAGAUAUUUAUCAUCUCUAUGGUUUAACAUUGGUACAAAACUCAUCAUGAGUCAUGUUCUUUGGUUUUUCAUCCUAUGGAUAACAAUGAUUCUUUUCAUCCAUAAUGUGGAAGGAAGAUACCACCAUCACAAGAAACCAAAGAAAAUUUCACCUGCUCCAAGUGACCCUUCACCUCCUUCUCUCGUUCCUCCUCCUUCUCCUAGUGUUCCUUCUGAUCCAUAUCCAUAUCCAAAUGAUCCUGGAGAAUCUCCUUCAGACUGCAUUUUCGAUGUACGGUCGUUCGGAGCGGUCGGAGACGGUGAAGCAGACGACACUGCUGCAUUUAGAGCAGCAUGGAAAGCAGCUUGUGCAGUUGAAUCAGGAGUUCUUUUCGCUCCCGAAAACUACUGUUUUAAAAUCACUUCUACUAUCUUUUCAGGUCCAUGCAAACCAGGACUAGUUUUUCAAAUUGAUGGAACUUUGAUGGCACCAGACGGACCAGAAUGUUGGCCUGAGGAAGAUAGUAAGAAUCAAUGGCUUGUAUUUUAUAGACUUGAUCAAAUGACUCUAAACGGGACCGGAAUUAUCGAAGGCAACGGCGAAAGAUGGUGGAACCUUCCUUGCAAACCUCACAGGGCUGCUAGUGGGCAAAGUAUAUCAGGACCAUGUGAUAGCCCUACAAUGAUAAGGUUCUUCAUGAGCUCAAAUUUGGUGUUAAGUGGGUUGAAAAUACAAAACAGUCCUCAAUUCCAUGUGAAAUUUGAUGGUUGUGAAGGUGUACUAAUUGAUAAAUUGUCCAUUUCUGCACCAAAACUUAGUCCCAAUACUGAUGGAAUUCACUUAGGAAACACAAGGGAAGUUGGAAUUUAUAAUUCCAUGAUAAGCAAUGGUGAUGAUUGCAUUUCAAUUGGUCCUGGUUGUUCUAAUGUAAAUGUAGAUGGUGUUACUUGUGCUCCUACCCACGGAAUUAGCAUUGGAAGUCUUGGAGUACACAACUCGCGCGCAUGUGUCUCAAACCUAACUGUUCGAAAUUCGAUCAUAAAAGAAUCGGAUAACGGACUAAGAAUCAAAACAUGGCAAGGAGGUACAGGAUCAGUAACAGGUUUAACAUUUGACAACAUACAAAUGGAGAAUGUGAGAAACUGCAUUAACAUAGACCAAUUCUACUGCUUAUCGAAAGAGUGUAUGAACCAAACAUCGGCGAUUUACGUAAACAAUGUGUCCUACAGAAAAAUAAAGGGGACUUAUGAUGUUAGAACACCUCCUAUACAUUUUGCUUGUAGUGACACUGUUGCCUGCACAAACAUAACUCUCUCUGAGAUUGAACUUUUGCCGUAUGAAGGUGAAUUGGUUGAAGACCCUUUUUGUUGGAAUGCUUAUGGAAGACAAGAGACUUUGACUAUUCCUCCACUUGAUUGUUUGAGGGAAGGUGAACCUGAAACUGUUGUGGAGCUCUCUGAUUAUGAAUGCAGUAGUUAAGAUGUUAAGGAGAUAUAAUAUAUCAUUUCAUAUAAAUAUUAUAGUACAUGUAUAGAGAGACAUUUGAUUUGGUUUAUUGUGUUGUGUAUGUAACUUAGGAUUUGUCACUAUUUGAGGUACGAGAUAUAGAAUUUAAGUCUAGUUUUUGGGACUUAUAUUGUAAUAGGCUUCAGGAUCAGUUGAUUAUGAAAUAGGAGAUAUGGUUUCAGGUUCAA